AUGGAUUUGUAUCUAGAAGACGACAUAACCUCAACCUUCAUCAUCGAUGCACCCAUUUCUUGGUAUGUCGGCCAUGCUCUGUCAGACAACAAUACCNUCCCUUUGUCACACCAUAGCCCGGAGAUCAUACUUGAGAUCAAGGCCGGAAACACCUCACUAUGGUUGAACAAGACAUCAAUCCAUCUAGGGUCUUCGGACAACGAGAUCUCGUUUGAUCUGUCUUCUCUGGCUGCCACAUAUGAGCCACACAACAUCACAGUCUUCGGCGCUCUCAAAGGACAUGAGAACAAGACAUUCACUGCUAUGACUCAAGUCAAGAAGCUUCCACUACGCUCCGACAACGGCACAGUCACACGUCUCGACAACCUCUACGGUGGUCUCUCUGUCCGAAAAGGACAAUCCAAAGAAUGGACAGCGUUAUUCCCUUACACCUACUAUGUCCAAUGGAGUCUGUACUGGUACGCCAACAUCUCAACCUUGGAUGAGUUCGCAGUAAUGGGAUAUAAUGUCAUCCAUAUCGUGCCUACAGGAGAUCUAGAUGACACACCCUUCCCUUGGGACAAGUUCCAACCUUACCUUGACCGAGCCGAUGAACUGGGCCUAUACUUCAUGUAUGAUGUCCGCUGGGAUCACACCAGUUUGACCACAAUGAUCGAUCAAAUAAAUCAUCUACAUAACCAUCCCUCGAUCCUUCUUUGGUAUACCGGUGAUGAACCGGAUGGAAAAUCGGUUCCUAUCAACUCGACUCUCAUUGCCUAUGACGCCAUUAAGGCAAUCGAUCCAUACCAUCCAGUAUCGUUGGCCUUGAACUGUCGAGAUUUCUACUACGCAGACUACGCAGCAGGUGCUGAAAUCGUGUUGGAAGACGUCUACCCCAUCAGCACCAACACUUCGUAUUCCACUGUCUACAACACACCCUGCAACGCUACCUACGGUUGCUGCGGCUGCGACGACUGCGAAGGAAGUUUCACAGAUAUAUCUACGCGUCUAGACGAAUACGCACAUAAAGACAACAUCUUGGGUUGGCAGAAAAUUCACUGGGCAGCCCCUCAAGCUUUUGGAAACGAGACUUUCUGGACUAGAUACCCCACUGCUGCUGAAGAAGUAGUCAUGAAUAUGUUGAGUAUCAAUCAUGCGGCCAAGGGAAUCGUCAUGUGGGAUUUUCCUACCAAGACGGAUAUCCUUGACGUAACAAACAGACUAGCUGCUGUGUUAACAAAGGAGCCAGUCGCUGGGUUCUUCGUUGGUGCGCCAUUGACACAAAGGUUGAAAGUUGACGGUGCUGGGAACAUUGAUGCUGCUGCUUGGGUCAAAGGUGACAAGACUCUCGUCUCCAUUGUGAAUCUUGACUACAACAACACGAUCGCCGAUGUCACGAUCUCGUUGCCAUAUAGCGUCAGAGCUGAAGGCAAUGUGACGAGCCUCUGGGGCGAUGGUACCUGGUCGGUCCGUGAUAACAAGCUACGUACAAGCUCGGUUAAGGGUUUGGAAGUCUCUUUGUUGCUGCUCAAGCACAUGUAA